UUUUUGCAUGCAAAACCUUCAAACGGCAAAGAUUAAAGUUGCAGGUGGAAGAUUGGAAAAAAUCCCAAGAAGCCUGGACAUCUUCGCGGAUGACUGUUGGAGAAAGGUGUGGUUGGCGUCGGAAGUCAAAGCAAGGCUGUGGUACAGUGGAGGUAGAAGAAGAUGAUGGCGUGGACUGUUGGAGGCCAUGUGGUGAGAGCUGGGUGGAACGUCCAAAAGGUCAAGUUGACAAGGCGUUUACGGAAAUAGAAAAUUCGGGCAAUAGAUUAAGGAGACUGCUUGGCCAUCUAAGGGAGAUUUUUUGAAAAAAUGCGAAUGGGAUCCAACGGCCCAAAAGAAAUCCUAUGCUGAGGUGCUGCAAUCGAAAAAAGGGCCACCUCGCGCUCAAUUUACAAAAUCAAUUAAAAAGUCCGACCCGGGUCUACAUAACCCGAUCCGAAAGUCUAAUCUGGGCCAGGUCUUUCAAGUUGGGUCACGUGACCCUUUUAAAAGUCAUGCGCAAUGCUCCCUUGCGUCGAUGGGGGACGAUGAUUGUGGUCUAUCAUCGUUCCAUGGAGUGCCUAUCCGCUCGAAUCAUCCCCAAACAGGAACGAUGAUCAGAAAACCCUCCCCUCCUCUUCCUCCGGCUGCGGGAAAGACAUCGGCGACUGGGUUGAAGCUGCAUUGGAGGCCGACGACUGAAGAAAACUCCAUGACGCCUGAGAAGCCAAACCCUCGCUACAAUAGGGUCCCACAAGGAGACUCUGAAGAUGACUCAGAUUGGGAGGCGUUAAGAGACGUGGAAGAAGACGAGGGUGAUCUGUUGUCAGAUGCUGGUACGGAGAUUCUGGAGAUAUAGGAUUCAGGGGCUGGUAACCUUACUGUGGAAAGUGGAAGGCCUACAAGUGAUUCUUAGAGAGAGAAGAAAAUGGAUACAAAUCAAGAGCAAAGAUAGGGUGGCAAUUUUGUGGAGACGGGUUUCCAUAGCAAACCGACUUUGGAACCACUUGAGGAACAACUCCCCCCAGCUGCACAGGUGGACACUGUACCUGAACUUGAACCAUCUGGUUUUGUCUUUGGAGGAAUCGAUGAAAUCCAAAUUCAAGAUCAGGGAGUCUCUUCCCCCCUUCCUCUCAAUCUAGUUCUUUCUUCGCCUCAACUUUUCUAUCAAAACUCAUUUGAUUUUGAUCCUUGUAGUAAUCUUCAGCCUUUGGAUUUUGCAGUUCCAGCUGUUAAAAUGUCACCGGUGGCAGAUAAUGACCCAUGUGCAAUAGAAAAAGGAGGGGAUGGUGGAAAAGACAAUGAGGAGAAAUUGUUUAAUGUGAUGGUUUUGGAAAAGGAUGAGGGGGGGAAAUGAAGUUAUUGCAAGUACCCAAGAGAAGGAAAAGGAAGACUGCCGUUUGGAUGAGGGAGAAGAAGGCUGUAGAGAGAUACCCAAAGUAAAAGGAGAGGAACAAAAAGAAGCCAAAAGGAAGUUYRCCAAWRGAAAGGUCUAUCUUAGAAAGGGGGUAAAAGAUGAUAAAAAAAGAAAGAAGAAUGAAGGAGGUGGAAAGGCUAGCCUGUGGUGUGUCCUAUGAGA